CGCUUGUUUUGUUUCCGUCUCCCAUGCUAUGUGAAGGGUGUAACGGGCAUUUGUCGUAGUAUCGUGGCUUUAUUGUGAUUUUAGUGCACUUGUGUCACCCGUGGACUUGUUACGCUUCACGGUAUCAUUAGUGGGCCGCUGCACCGAGCGGCCGUGCACCUCUGACGCUCUGUUGCAUCCCUGCCGGACUACCAGCGGAGUCAUGACGCUCAUGGAGUUUAUCGGCUGCGCCCUGAUCGGUUUCGGACCGGCGUUGUCCAUGUUCGCCAUCACCAUCGCCAGGGACCCGAUUCGCAUAAUCAUUCUAAUCACCGCGGCGUUCUUCUGGCUCCUGUCGCUGUUGCUGUCGUCCAUUGUGUGGUUUGCGGUGGUGCCACUACGGAAGCAGUUGGCCUUUGGUGUCGUCUGCUCCGUGGCUUUCCAGGAAGCCGGCCGCUUUCUCUUCUACCGAGUGCUCAG